UAUUGUGGUGUUUAACAAGAUAAGAAAAUUGCGAUUAAUAAUUUUUCAGUACAAAUUUUUUUAUAUUGUUUUAAAGUGAUAAAUUAUGAGAAAGCUAAUUAACUCUUAUUUAAUAUUAUUUUUAAUAAUAUUAAGCUCAAUAAAGAAAAUAAAUGCAAAUGAUGAGGUAAAUAUUGAAAAUUUAUUAAACACCAUAAGCUUGAUAAAUAAUAAUAUGACAAUAAAAAUUAAUCAGCUUGAAAAUGAAUGGCCAAGUAAAAUAAACAAUACAAUAAAUGAAAUUAAAAGUAUUAUGAUAAAUACAAUUGAUAAUUUAAAUGAUGAAAUAAAAAACGAAAAGAAAAAAGAUCAUUGUUUUAUAGAUAAAAAUCAUAAACCAUCUAUUCAUAUUCUUGGUAUUGGAUUAAAUCGUAGAAGAGGAAUGUUUAUACAAGAUUUAUCAUUGAAUGAAAAAAUGAAUAAUAUUAAUCUCAAAAUAAAUGAUUGUUUUACAAAUGAAUUAACUAAAAUUAAAGAUGCCAAAAAAUCACUUGAGGAUAUAAAAAUACUAUUGGAAAAUCAUAAUAAAUAUAAUAAUAAUUAUAAAAAAUUUGAUUUAUAUGAAAAAUUUAUAAAAUACAUAAAUAAUACAGCAUUUAAAUCAAAAGAAUUAUUAUUAAAAUGUAUUAAAGAUGAAUUUGUUAAUUUUUGGGCAAUUAUCAAUAAUGUUAAAGAUAAAUUUGAAUCAUGUGUAUCAUCAGCAGUUGGACUCUCAAAAUAAUAAUUUAAAAAAAUUAAAUCAAACAAAUUCCAGUAUCACAAUGUUUGUUUGUUUUCGUUUUUUUUUUGUAAAAGAAAAUUGUUUAAUUAAAUCCAAAUAAAAAUGUACAAAAUAAUAACAGAUAUACAAA